CCUCGCCUGGUUCUGGUUGAACAAGCUCCUUCCUUCCUUGUUCGAGUCUCAAGCACAUUAGUUAAAGGAGGAAUUAUGAAGCUCAGCUACCACCAACACCGACACCAUCAAUUCAUCUCCUUUCCUUGACCCGAUCGUCUCCUACCACAUGCGCAUGGUAGACCUACAUAUACGCCUCACCGGCGUGUUCUGACCUGCGCUAGCACCAGGCCCGCUUGACCAGUCCACCGAAAAAUCAACAAGAACAGCCUCUUCUUCUUCUUCUUCUUCUUCUUCUUCUUCUUCUUCUUCUUCUUCUUAGCAGGAUUUUGCUAUUUGUUUCUGGCUUUGGUCCAGAAGAAUGGAGCGCGGCGAGUGAAGCGGGCAUCAAUUGAGUCUACUGAAUUAGAAAUCAGCUGGAUCGAGGGAGGGAAUCAAUUGUCACCGAUGGAGGCCAUGACUGGAAAAGGCGGCGCCAAGCCCGUCCCCAACUAUCUUCGGCCAUCGACCGGGUCGUGCCACGAUGCGUGCAAGCACGGCGGCCAUCACGCGUUCGUGGAGAAACAGGAAGCUCCAAGGGCCCAACCCAAACCCCGGAAGAAGCAGCAGCCAUCAGCUUCGGAUGACCAGAACCAAAAGAGAAGGCUGGUCAAGGUACGGUCGGUGUCACGUAGGCGUGUCGUAGAUUUCAGCAAACCCGACAAGGCCGAUACGCCGGCCGGUGGGAGCGAGAUUGUUGUUGAGUGGAAGGACAUCGUGGCCUAUGACGCAGUGCCAGCUCCUGCUCCUGCCGAUGGACCAUCUCAUCAACAACCUGAUGGGAGGAAGAAGAAGAGGGAUGUGAUGAAGGGGAAAACACCAUUUGCCAAGACCACCCAUCCGGAGACUCCUGUCAAGAACCCAACCGAAUCACUGAACAAGAGGCUGGCUAAGACCGUCAGGUCGACGCUCACCGGGAAGGCCUCCAUCAAGAAGCCUCAAGCCGCCGCUGACAAGAAGGAGGCUGGCAAGAGAACAGAGAGUGUAAAGCCACCGAAAGCGAAGAAACCCAUGACACUGCCCGUCGAAAACAAGGAAAUUGUCCAGGGUGACACAACUGGUGAUGUUAAGCAGGGGAAGUCACUCUACACUCCUGACCAAGAAGAGCGUGCUGCCAUUGCUGAAUCAAGCAGGGCACAUCGGAGGGCCAAGAGCAUGAGCAUCAGCAGCCGAUCGGUGCGCUUCCCGUUCACCCGACAAGCGACCAAUAACUCGGCCACCUUCAAGCUGCGCUCCAAGAGCAGCAAGGCACCCGUCCUCCCAUCCGAACAAGAGAAGCCCACGCGGCUCAGGUUCAGAAAGGGGAGAGCAGCCGGCGAGGAGUCCAGCGGCGGCAUCCAGCUCAGGGCCAGGAGCCUGCGGAGGCGAGGGAGCGGCCUGUCCGGCGGCGCACACGCGGGCUUCGUGGUGCCGGAGUUGACGCUGAGGCACCAAAAGACGCUGGAGAGGAAGGAGAGCCGGAGGCUGUCUAACAACCUGAUCGAGGAGACGGCGAGCAAGCUGGCCAAGAGCAGGAGGAGCAGGGUCAAGUCCCUGGUUGGGGCUUUUGAAUCUCUCAUCUCCAAGAUUGGAAAGUAGGGUUCAGCAGCCGCACUGCACCAAUGUUUCGUUUUGUUUGUCCUUGGGUUGAUUCUAGAGUGAUGACAUCCGCUGUUUCUGCUAGUUCAAUCAGGCAGAGUUGAAAGCAAAAGUUGAUGUUUUCUCUAAGCAUUUUGUAAAUUUAUAAAAGAAAUUAUAUGUUCGAUGAUUGCAUGGAA